AUGAAAGGACUUUGGUGCUUCGUUGCUGGAUUGCUUUUAAUGAUUGCUCAGAGCAGCUGGCAAAGCCCCAUUCAAGAGACAGAAGAGAAAGCCAGAUCAUUCAAAGCUUCCCAGGCUGAACCAUUAGAUGACCCUAGACAGCUGAAUGAAGUGAAACGUCACUCACAAGGUACAUUCACCAGCGAUUACAGCAAGUACUUGGACACCAGACGAGCUCAAGAUUUUGUACAGUGGCUAAUGAACACUAAAAGAAGCGGUAAUGGACUUGCCCGGCGUCAUGCUGAAUACGAGAGACAUGCUGAUGGCUCCUAUACCAGUGACAUCAGCUCUUACUUGGAAGGUCAAGCAGCUAAGGAGUUCAUUGCUUGGUUAGUGAAUGGGCGAGGAAGAAGAGAUUUCUCAGAAGGAGCCCAUACAGGUGAAGAUCUUGGCCGAAGACAUGCAGAUGGCACUUUCACCAGUGAUUAUAACAAACUCCUGGAUGACAUGGCUACCCAGGAAUUCUUGAAGUGGCUGAUUAAUCAAAAAGUUACCCAGAGGGACCUUCAGGGAGAGUACCAGUAAGAUGCAGUAAAAACAUGGCAUCAAGGUCUUCUCUCAGCCACUGGAUUUUAUUUUUGAAUUUUAAUAUUUU